AUGCUGUUUAUGCAGUUUAAAUCCCACAUCGUCAAAGGAAUAAGAGAGACACUGUUGAGUCAUCUCACAGUUGUACUUGGGAAUGAUGGAUUGGCCGCUCAGUUCAUGUUGUUACUCCUUCUAUCACGGGUUCAUGCCAGGGUAGAUACUCAAGUUGUAGGAAAGCUUUAUCCUAAAUCUGACUUGUCUUGGGAAAACCUGUUUGUCGUUGGAACACUGGCAAACGGUGAAGGAGCUAGACAGACAGAGAAGGGAAAGGCUGCAGGGGCGUGCGUAAAGCUGAAGGGUCCUCAAGGUGUCUUCUUCCAUCUAAUAAACUUGUCUUCGGCUUAUCGUCUCCUGCUCGUAGCAACCAUUUUGUUGAAGAUGGCGUUGAAUAGUGGAGUAAGAUCAUGCGCCAAGCUUCUCGCGUCUACUGAAUCAGUUCUCUCUAAGUCGGUGAACAGAGGGAUCCACUCAACUACUGUCAAGAGAAUGGGCGGAGGACACGCUCACGGUCACGACGAGCCUUACUACCUUCAUGCUAAACACAUGUACAACUUGGACAGAAUGAAGAACCAGAAGCUGACAAUGAGUCUUGGAGUUCUCACAGCAUUCACCAUUGGUGUCGCGGUCCCAGUUUAUGCUGUGAUUUUCCAGCAAAAGAAGACAGCUUCUGGUUAA